AGUACAUGUCCCAGUCAUUUCCAUAAUUCAUCAUAAAUUGUGCAAGGGUGCUAUAGACGCACCAAAAAACGAAGCAAAGAGCCACAAAUCAAGCCCCCCGAUCAAAAAACAAAUGAGCUCUUAUUUUGUAAACUCAUUUUGCGGUCGCUAUCCAAAUGGCCCGGACUACCCGUUACAUAAUUAUGGAGAUCCUAGUGCCGUGAGCGAGCAAUUCAGGGAAUCCGCGAGCAUGCAUUCCGGCAGGUACGGCGGCUACGGCUACAAUGGCAUGGACCUCAGCGUUGGCCGCUCGACUUCCAGCCACUUUGCGGCAGGGGGGGCCCCCGAGCGGGCUCGCGCCGGCAGCUACCCCUCCAACAGCACCUCCGCCGCCCCCGAGGCCAGGUACGCCAGCCGGGCUGCGGCCGCCACGGCGUCGGCUUGCUCUCCGCCGCCUGACCCUCUGCCCUGCGCCGCCGUGGCCACCUCGCCUGCUGCUGUCAGCGGCGACGCUCAUCACGGCGGCGGCGUGAAAAACUCCACCGCCAACUCGACCAGCUCCUCGUCCACUUCCAGCAGCAGCAGCAGCGCCAGCAGCGCCAGCACCAGCACUGGCAACAACCCCCACCUAGGCAGAGAAGGGCUAAGCACAUCGCCUGGCGCGGAAGAUGACACUCCAGCCAGCAGCGAGCAGGCGAACUCCCAGCAGAACGACCAAAGCCCAGCCCAGCAGCCUCCCCAGCCCCAGAUCUACCCCUGGAUGAGAAAACUGCACAUAAGCCAUGACAACAUAGGGGGGCCCGAAGGGAAAAGGGCUCGGACUGCUUACACGCGCUACCAGACCCUGGAGCUGGAGAAAGAGUUUCACUUCAACAGAUACCUGACCCGCAGGAGGAGGAUUGAAAUAGCACAUGCUCUUUGCCUCUCAGAGAGACAAAUCAAGAUCUGGUUCCAAAAUAGGCGCAUGAAAUGGAAAAAGGAUAACAAGCUGAAGAGCAUGAGCAUGGCAGCCGCAGGAGGAGCCUUCCGCCCUUAGGAGAGACCCCCGUUUUGCUGCUACUGCUUCCUCUUCCUCCUCUUCCUCCUCCUCCUCCCCGAAAACACAACAAAACAAACCAAGUACUGAGCAGUAUUAUAUGAGCUGACCCUGCGUGGAAUGUCAGUAGUCUCUCUCUCUCUCUGUCUCUCUCUUUUGCGUUGACUUCCUCCAACUUCUCUGGGAGGCUUCAGCUGAAGAAGCCUCCCAUCAUCUUUUAAUCAUGAGCCUGUUUAAUUGAGCCUCUCUCUCGCGUGUUACCAGUAGAUCUGCUUCCCGUGCAUUUCUUUGUCUUG